AUGACCACCUCAACGCUCUUCCGAGGGUCAGCUUGCCACCUUCUUUUCCGAGUCCUCAUUUUCUCCCUCUUCUCCCGCGCGCUCACCCAGGUCCUGGUAACACCCGAUGGCGGCUACAUUGGCCGGAUCCAACCACCCAGUGGCCUGUCCACCUCUUGCGUGAGCACCUUUAACCGCAACAUCACCUGCACACCCCCCUUGCUUAGCAUUGCUCGUGGGUUGUUGCUGCCAAACGUGACAGACAUUGAGAUGUCCUGCGACCCCAACUGCCGACUGUCUCUUUUGGAUCUCCAGGCUGUUCAGCAAGCCGCCUGCUCUUCCAAUGACACAAUCCGAGACUCGGGGACCAUCUACCCUGCCACUUACUAA